AUGACACUGUCACGAGAUGAUCUCCAUCCUCAUCUCCUACUGAUCGAUAGUGUGGGGGGGUCGUGGAGGAGGAGGAGGGAGGAGGAGGGAGGGAGGGGGAGGAGGUAUCGGAGUGAUUGUUUGGCCAAUUACACGGCGGGCAUCAAACCUGCACUUUCCCCACUUAAUAACUGGUUCACGAUCGCUCAUCACGACACACUACCAUUUAGCGUGCCGGGGUCGAUGACCCCACUCAUUUCCUUCCCAAAUCAGAGCACAUUCCUCGAACCCUCGCAGCCCUACGAGUGUCGAGUAAAUACUAUAUUCCGAUGUGUAGUGAGAAUUGUUCCCAGCCGUGUUCAUGUUAAACCGUGCCGCCUCGCCACGGACACAGUCGACGACAUGCAUCUGACGCUAAUUGUCACGCCGGCCACGACCCGCUCACACCUCCAGCUCACAGCUUUCCGUCUAAUUAUAGUUCCCUUAUCAGAUACACCUCACGAUCACCAGGCCCUGCUGAGACUGCUAAAGAAGUUAGUGAGCGGGGAACUCUAG